CUCUGCAAAGUCCCCAUGUCCCAAAUGACACGACUGGGUCCUUUCCAACUCUCAGGGAAAAGGAGCCGUCUGAGCAGGCGGUUUCCUGUCGACCUUGAGCCUCCUCGCAAGUCCCGGUGUGGCUCCGGGCGGGUGGCUGUGCCCGGUCCCCGCCUCGGAGGGAGGCAGGCGCACGGAUCCGGACUGCACGUCGGGACUGGCCCCGCCGCGCUUGUGGUGGGAGAGCCAGACCUGAGAGGGGCUGGCCUCUGGCAGAUGAUUGACACCAAACUGGCUGAAUUUACAUCACCUGUAGAGAGAAAUAAGGAAAGUGGACUGAAAAUGCCAAACCUAUGCAAAUUUUGUGAUAUUAAAGUAACAACCUGCUCAAACCAACAUCAGUGCAAGAGCAACUGCAACAUCACUUCUAUCUGCGAGAAGAGUAGUGAAGUCUGUGUUGCCAUAUGGAGACAGAAUGAUGAAAAUAUGACAUUAGAAACAAUAUGCCAUGAUCCCCAGAAAACACUGUAUGGUCACAUUUUGGAUGACUAUAAAUCGGAGCAGUGUUUGAUGAGAGAAAAGAAGGAUGAUGGGGGAUUGAUGUUCAUGUGUUCCUGCACAGGUGAAGAAUGCAAUGAUAUGCUCAUUUUUACAUCAGAUGACCCUCAUAAGCCAGAGGAGAAAGAUGAAAUUUCCAAAGUCACAAUCAUAAGUCUUGUCCCAUUACUGGUGAUUUCUGUUGCUGUGAUUGUUAUCUUUUAUGCCUACCGCACUCACAAGAAGAGGAAACUCAACAAGGCAUGGGAGAAGAAUGUUAAGCCCAAGAAGCAUAAGGACUGCAGUGAUGUCUGUGCCAUUAUGUUAGACGAUGACCGCUCAGACAUCAGCUCCACCUGUGCCAACAACAUCAACCACAACACAGAGCUGCUGCCCAUUGAGUUGGACAUAGUUGUUGGCAAAGGAAGAUUUGCUGAAGUGUAUAAAGCCAAAUUGAAGCAAAACACGUCAGAACAGUAUGAAACUGUGGCAGUCAAGAUUUUCCCCUAUGAAGAAUAUGCUUCCUGGAAAACUGAGAAAGACAUUUUUUCAGAUGUAAACCUCAAGCACGAGAACAUCCUCCAGUUCUUGACAGCAGAGGAGCGUAAGACAGAUCUUGGUAAACAGUAUUGGUUGAUCACUGCCUUCCACGCUAAAGGAAACUUGCAGGAAUAUCUCACACGGCACAUUAUCAGCUGGGAGGACCUCUGGAAACUGGGUGGGUCCUUGGCCCGAGGGAUUGCCCAUCUGCACAGUGAUCACACACCCUGUGGUCGUCCCAAAACACCUAUUGUACACAGAGACCUAAAGAGUUCCAACAUCCUGGUGAAAAAUGAUUUAACCUGCUGUCUCUGUGACUUUGGGUUAUCCCUGAGGCUGGACCCUUCCCUGUCUGUGGAUGACUUGGCUAACAGUGGGCAGGUUGGCACAGCAAGAUAUAUGGCCCCUGAGGUUUUGGAGUCCAGGAUGAACUUGGAGAACAUGGAGUCCUUCAAACAAACAGAUGUGUACUCCAUGGCUUUGGUCCUCUGGGAAAUGACAUCUCGCUGUAACGCUGUCGGAGAAGUGAAAGAGUACGAGCCCCCAUUUGGCUCCAAAGUGCGAGAACACCCUUGUGUGGAAAGCAUGAAGGACAAUGUCCUAAGAGACAGAGGGCGACCCGAGAUCCCCAGCUCCUGGCUUAACCAUCAGGGCAUCCAGAUGGUGUGUGAAACCCUUAUCGAGUGCUGGGACCACGACCCCGAGGCCCGGCUGACGGCGCAGUGCGUGGCCGAGCGCUUCAGCGAGCUCAAGCACCACGACAGGCUCUCAGGAAGGAGCUGCUCGGAGGAGAAGAUUCCCGAGGACGGUUCCGUGACCACUGCGAAGUAGCGUGUGCCCGAGAGCUCCGGAACAGAGGGAAGUCACUCCUAGACGUGUUCACCUUGGCAAAGGAAGAAGUCUUGAUCAGUGCCUUGACUUGCUUCCUGGAGGACUGAGGCUGUCACUACUCCCUUUAGGUUCCAGCUCUGGACAGGGAGAUGUAUCCGGGGAAAUAAAAGCUGGGGGAGUAGCCGUCAUACCCUAGCACUGGAAGCCAGCACCAUGUCGUAGGAGGAGCUAUGUAUGGUAGCACUUCCUCAGGAAAUGAGAUUUGAAAAUAGCCAAUAACAUUAUGCACUUUAUUAAUGCCUGUAUAUAACUAUGAAAUUGCUAUUUUUAUAUAUAUAUAUAUAUAUAUAUACAUAUAUAGCUAUAAAAUGUGUGUGUAUGUAUAUAUAUAUAUCUAUCUAUAUAUCUAUAAACAGCUAUGUCCUGGGGGGAAAAAAGUUGUUAAAAAAAAGUGCUUCCAGGAAAUGACCAGUGCGUUAGAAAUCCCACUCCUUAGGGAAGGAGCCUGGGGAGACUGGUAUAGCACCACACCAGCAAUUGUGCACUAAGCAUUCUGCCAAAAAAUAGAAAUAAAAUGCAAUAAGAAGAUGACUUUCAAAGCACAUGCUGUGACCACCUGGCUGUGGUCCUGCUGUUCAUAGUUGCAGGAGCAGGCUCACAGCAGACAGGCCAAUUUGACUUUGCAGUUGUACUUACAUGGUCCUGUCUGCAGCACAUUGUGGAAGGUUCAGGAAUGUCUUUUCCCUCUCAUCUUAACUCAAGUCCUCAAAGUGUCCCAGAGCAGGCAUGUGAGGAGUUUUGGUCCUUCUCACAUGUGUGUUUUGUUAUAGAGUUCAUUAAUGUUGUAUGUUUAUUGCUUUGAAUUCGUGCUGCUUGUAAGCAGGUUGCAAAAUACCAGCAGGAUGAGUUUUCCCUUCCUCCCAUUCCCACCCCCAAACCAUACAGAACAGGACAGGGCCAGCAACAAUCCAAGCAGAUGUUUUAUAUUUGCUGUGCAUUCUGAGUGCAGGCAAUACUAUUUUUUUUUCCCUUUCUUUUACCUUGAUUGUGUUGCUGUAAGAACAAACUUUUUUUUUCCCCUGUAUGUGUGUCUGAUUGCUGGACAAACCACAGUCUGACUCUGUUCUGUGCUUUCCAAAGUAAGAGACAACAGCUGGUGCCUUUAUUUUUGCAAAAAGACCUUGGAGGUGACAGAAAGCUUCAUAGCAAUAGGUUAAUGGCAUAUCCUGCCCUCAGCAUUGCCUGCAUUUAGGGCUGCCUCAGCAAGUCAGCAAUUCACAGAAUAAAAAAAAAAAAAACAAAAACAAAGAGUUUUUCAACAGGAUCCCUCAUUGCUUACAUUCUUUCAGUUCCCCAAAAUGCUUAAGACAGUUGACAUCACAUUGGGCCUGUAUACAUGACAGCAAUGUGUUUAAUAAGUGCUAAAAAUUUUGUCUUCAGGUGUUUUACAGUGAUUUAUCCACUUCUCUCUUCCUCAUAGCAUGUCAGCAGGCCUUGCAAGUUAGAAAUUCAACCAGCAGAAACCAAUCCUGGACAGAUAUAUCUGGUGUGAUUUAUUAAACACCUUUGACAGAUAAAUAUCAAUAUUCCUCUCAAAGAUGUUGCCAUGCAAGUCAAUAGGAAUCAUGCUUAUUCAAAUAGGAGUUAAGAUUUAUGAUGAUUUAUGAUGGCAAAUACUUUAUUUGAGAUGGGUUUGUAAGUGCUUUUUUUUUUUUUUUUUUUUUUUUCCAUUUUAACCAAACUGCUCAGAAAUAUUUAAACAGAGUGGGGCAAAAUCUCCACAACUUCAGUGGAGGUCAGAGGAUACUAUGGCAAUUUUGUAGGGAUGCAAUGUUGUAAACUCGUAGGGCCAUAGGCAGAGGUAGGAGAUGUGGGUGGGGAGUGCAUCCAGGCAGGUGGAAGGUCACGGCCCAUUUCUCUUCCUCCAUCCACACAGAAGGUCAGGGAAUGGUGAUGAAUAGUUCCUGACAGUACUGACGUUUUUAUGGGGUUUUUUAACACUACAUGUAAAGGAAAAUUUUUAUUCUUUUAAGGAAUACUUCACCUGUACAUCAUGUAUGAAAUAGGAAUGUGAGCAAUAUAUACUCUUGUAUAUCAAAAGUUUCAAACACUUAACUUGCUUUGUAAACUGUUUUGAGGGGGUUUUUGUCUUGUUUUGUAUAAAUCAAAUGUUUAUUGGAGCAAAUAAAAUGACACCAACUCAA